UGUUCCCCAGUGUGUCUCACUUCCAUGGUGACGAAUCCAAACCGGAGAUCACCGGCGCUCUUUUCAAACCCCUUUGCCGCGGAAACGUGUCAACUGGAGAGCUGUUGAUUAUCUAACUUUACGGAGAACAGGAUGUAAUGCUAUAAUGAAUGUUGUGCAAGUGAUUUGUUCGAGCGAGAAGUUUAUGUCGGUGAUGUAGAAUUAAGUUGACGUUGGUUAAGCUAACGUUAGCUGUCAGCAAAGCAUUGUCUUUCCAAGUAAGUGCCACACUACAGUGCCAUGGACAGCAGCGCAGAGAGGAAAUUCGUAAACUUGAGGAAGCGUCUAGAUCAGCUGGGCUACCGGCAGCCACUGGGAAUAGAGUCACUGCCACUAGUGGAGAAACUAUUCAGUGACCUGGUCCACACAACUGAGAGCCUGCGCAAUGCCAAACUGUCAGCAGGUAAGACCGAGAAAGAAAGCCAUAACCUGGAUGUUCUUCUGGAGCCGUACAGGACAGAGAAUUCCCGGGUGGUCAGGGAGAACAAUGAGCUGCACCUUGAGCUCCUGAAGCUGAGGGAGGAGAAGGAUCGUGUCACCAGAGAGCUCAAGACCCACAUCAGAAAACUGGACCAUGAGACAUCUGACCUGAAGUUCUUAAACAACCAGUAUGUGCACAAGGUUCGCUGCCUGGAGAAGGAUAGCAAGGCGAAAGCUGAGCGCAUUCAGCAGCUGCAGGAGAAGAACAUGCAAGCUGUGGUGCAGACACCAGGUGGAAAGAAGCGCAGUAUUCCUUUCAGACGUCAGAGAAUGCAGAUUGAUGAGCUCAUACCUCCCUCCUCCACAUCAGCUUACCCCGUGUCGCAGCCUGAUGAUCCGUACUUAGCUGACCUACUGCAGUUAGCAGAUGGAAGAAUUCAUGAGCUACAGGAAGACGUCAUAAAGGUCACACUAGACCUGGAAAAUGCUCAAGAAUUUAUAAAGCACUUAAAUACACAGGUGGAGGAGAGGGAAAAAGAGAUUGAGCGUCUGAAUCGUGUUCUUCAUGGAGGACGACCUCAUGAUGUAAUUUCCCUCGAGGCUCAGAACAUCAGCAACGAGAAACUGAUUUCCCAUCUUAACCUUCAGAUUGAGUACCUGCAGGAGACCAAUAGGACACUGGAGCAGAAGGUUGAAGGAUUGCAACAGAAGAAGAAAGAUGCCUCAACUGAAGUAGCUAAUCUGUCGUUAAAGAACCUGGAACUGUGUGAAGAGCUUACACACAUAGACGACCUCGCAAAGCGGCUGGAAAUGGACAAAGAGCGGGUGUUGGAAACUGCUGACAUGGAACUACAAGAAACUAAAAAAGAAAUUCAAAGGCAACAGAAAAUCAUUGAAGACUUUGAGGACAUUAUCACAAAAAUGAGAAAGGAGCAGUCUGAAGGUGACUUUGAAAAAGACCGUCUUAGAGAUCAGUUGGUGGAACUCAAAGAGCAGAAUGAGAAAAUGGAGGGACUGGUGAAUUUCCUGGAGGAGGAGAAAAUCAGGCUGCAGGAGAAAAUGGAAAAAAUGAUGGCAGCCGACAAAGACCUGGUGCUGGAGCUGGAGACCAUGCGGGCGAAACAUGGUGUUUGUGGAAGGGAACGCUCCCCGUCACGUCUGGACGCAUUUGUCAAGAGUCUAGAGGAGGAGAGGGAUUACUAUCGCCAUGAGGCUGAGCGCUACAAAAGAGUCAGAGGGGCUGGUGGUCUGGACUCAAGCCCCAGUCGUAGUCCAGGCAGAGGCAGGAGUCCGAGGUCCAAAGUAACAAGGGGAGGUAUUACAGAGGCAGAACUGCUCCGUAUAGUAAAGGAAAGGGAUGAGUUGAAGGCUGCUCUGUUGGAUUUUGAGAAGCACGUGGAAGACAUCCAAAACAAUGUGAAGGCCGUCUGCACUGAGAGAGACAAUUUCAAAACCCUGUUUAAACAGGCUCAAGAGGACUUAAAAUUGGCCAAUGGCACAGAUAUGUCCGCUGACAUCUUGAAACUGCAGGAGGAGGUUAAAGAGGCAGAAAUCAAAAUUGAGCAGAUGACCAUUGAAAGAGACACACUGAUGGAGCGAUUAAAAGCUGCCCAGACUUCACCUCUCACAGACAGACAGGGAGAGGAGAGGAGGAUUCUCGACCUGGAAAAUGCCAUUAAGAGUUUGGAGCAGGAGAGACUGGACCUGCGGUCACAGGUGUGUCUGCUGAAGGAGAGCAGGGAGGCUGUGGAGGAGGAGCUGAAGGUUCGGUGUGCUGGUCUGGUCCAGAAUGCAGAGGAGGUGGCCCAGCAGAGGGCUGAGUCUAAUGCUCUGAGGCUGCUACAGGAGCAGAUGGAGCAGUCGCUGUCUGACACCCAACACAGGCUGUCUGUGAAGAUGAAUGAGCUGCAUGCUGCCCAUGAGCAGAUUGAGAAACUGGAGGAGAGAAUAGGGGAGCUGAGCCAGCGGGGCUCCAAGCACAAGGAGGAAGUGGCUGUUCUUCAGAAGUCGAUCUCUGCCCUGGAUAGAGAAAAAGAUGCUCUGCAGGACGAGGUUGAUCAGAAGACUGAAAAGCUGGUUGCUGUCCAGGAGGAGCUGUCCAAGAAGGAAAAUACCCUUGAAGAUGUGAGACUCACAGUGACAAACAUGGAUGACUCAUUAGCUCAGCUGCAGGGGGCGUUAAACGGUCGUGAGAGGGAGAUAAGCAGCCUGAGGAGACAGCUGGAUGCCUCUCACGAGGAGCUGGCUGCACUCAGGAGAGACAAAGAAAUCACAAUCAGAGAGAACAGGAGGCUACAAGAUGACCUGGCCACAAUGACCAGAGAAAACCAAGCUGUACAUAUGGAGAUGGAAGAGGUUUUGCAUGAGAAGGAUGAGCUGAAAUUGAGAGUCCACUCUUACAUUUCUGAGGUGUCCAGAAUCGAGAAGCUGAUGGCCACAAAGGAGCAGGAGAACAGGGACUUGCUGGAGCGGUUCAGAAUGGCUCACUCUGAAAUGGAGGAGCACGAGCAGAAGCUGCAGCAGGCUGAAGGCCUCAAUAACUCCAUCCGCCUGGAGCUGCUCUCCUCAGACACAGAACGCAGGCACCUCCGCGACACUGUCGGCCAGCAGGAGAGAGAAAUCCAUCAGCACAUGCAGGCCCUGCAGGCUUAUGAGGCCCAGGUAUCCUCGCUGGUUCGUGGGAUGUCCCGACUAGAGGAGGAGCUACACAAAGCUCAGGAGGAGAAGGCAGCUCUCCUCUCGGAUCUGGCUUCUGUCAGGGAGCUCUGUGUCAAACUGGACUCUGGCAAGGAGCUCACUGCACGUCAGCUCACCUCCAAGAGCAUGGACGUGGAGAGGGUCACAGGAGAGCUGGAGGAUGUUCGGUCAGAGGUGGAGCUACUUAAGAAGCAGCUGGCCAGUGAAAGGUUGACUGUCCGUAACCUUGAGACGCUACUCUCCACCAAUCGGCACAAGGAGUUCCAAACUCACCUGACAGCCAGCGAAAGAGAGUCGGAGCUGAAAGUUCUUCGUGACAGGCUCACGCUGGCUGACAGCAAAACUGCGGAGCAUUCCAGGGAGGUGUCCCAGCUCCGCGGUAAAGUGUCUCAGCUGCAGACGGAGAUGGACGUUCUGAAAAGACAGCUGACCACUGAACGCUUUGAACGUGAAAGGGCAGUUCAGGAGAUGCGCAGACAGGGUUUGUCGUUCUCAUCCCUCCAAAGCUCAUCACCCCUCAGCAUCUCCAGUGGUCCUCAUCACAUGUCCCCUGAACGCUCCAUCCUCCGAAGUCUUGACCGCUCCACUGACAAGUCAGCAGACAGAAGUGUGAGCUUCAAGGAUUAACAACUAGACAGACAGACAGGCAAAUGAAGGCACUGAUAAGUGAGUCAGAAACCACUAGAAGCCUGUGCUUUAAGUCUUGCAUCUGAACAUGACAUGUGAAGACAUUCAUCGGCAUUAUUUUGCCUGUAGCAUACAUCAUUGCCAUUUCAUUUCCCCGUCUACCCUGAAGCACCUGGGAUGAGUUCAAUCCUGGGUCCAGCUAAAGUUAAAGACAGUGAUAACAUUUGAACAAACUGUUACAUUACUGGAUGCAAAGCAUCCUCUGUCAUUAUGUUGUACAGCCACUUAUAGAAGUAGGAUUUAAUUUCAUGAAUGACUUAGUGCCUCAGGAAUGAAUUGUUCUCAGCAACUAUAACCUUACACAUGAAGCAAGAGAAGUGUUCGUUCAGACCUGUGGUUGUGUGUAUUAUGCUUAAUAUUCAUGUUUUAUACUGAUGUCUAAAUUAUUAAAUUAUUCACAAAAUAAAGCAAUUCAAAAUUACAGAAACCGCAGUAAUGUACAUCACAAAACUUGAACUUCUGCUUUUAUUAGAUGGUAUACAGUCGAAAGUAAGUAAAAAAGAUGGGAAAGAGGCUGUGACAUAAAAAAAAACACAAGCUUGAUUUAGACCCCACAACCCUCUGAGUAUAUGGUGUGUGUUUUAGCCCACUAAACCAAUGAAUGCCCACUGAAAUCAUUAACCCCAUAACUUUUCCAAUGUCUACAUGGAAAAAACAAAAACAAAUAAAAAGUUUGGUCUUGCAACCUUAUUUACA